AUGUCUCGGGAGCCAAAACAGGGCCCAUCCUCCCGCUCGCCCACGCUCACACCAAUUCCCGUGGCGGUAGACAAAGGCUCCUUAUUGAUACCAUUGUCCACACAAUCCACAGAUUCAGCGUCGGCGCCUUCGCUCGCCGAUCACGUCCUCCCUCCCUGCCACCAGUCGAGUCCUCGAGUGGUGAGGACAUGGACGUGGGGCAAGUCCGUUGUGUACAAUAACCGGGGAUCACUACUUGUCCUUCUAUCGCAGUUCUUUGGCUCGAUAAUGAGUCUUUGCACGAGGGUGUUGGAAACCUCAUUUCCGGAACACAGGAUGCAUGCCAUGCAGAUAUUGUUCGUCAGACAGAGUGUCACGACGAUUGUUGUCGUUAUAUUGAUGGCUUUCCGAAGUGUGGAACAUGCGCCGUGGGGCCCACGGGGAGUGCGGUGGCUCCUAGUCGCGAGAGGCGUAGGAGGAUUUUUUGGAGUGUUCGGGUUAUAUUGUUCGUGGUAUUUUCCAUUCUCCCUCCAUCCUGUAUUGCAGCAGGGGUAUAAUGCUGACAGCCGUGGAAUACCGCAGAUUCAUUGGCAUACCUUGACCUCUCAGAUGCUAUAGUAAUCACCUUCCUGGCGCCGAUUGUAGCGACGUUCGCCUGCUCGCUGAUACCCUACCUGAAUGAGUCAUUCACCAAAACUGAGUUCUUCGCAUCUAUAUUCUCCCUCUUUGGUGUUGUCCUAAUUGCCCGCCCCGCAUCUCUAUUCUCCCGAGAUCCCGCGAACACUCCCGACGAUCCCGGUGUUGUUCAUCCCCCACCGACAGCACGCUCACUCCUCCCCACUGGUGAAAUUCCCUUGACAACCCCUCAUCAACGCCUAAUCGCAAUCCUAGUAGCCCUUCUUGGCGUCCUCGGUGCCGCAUCCGCCUACACGACUAUCCACUGGAUAGGCCCUCGCGCCCAUGCACUGAUAGUAAUGCUCUACUUCUCGUUCUGGUGCUGCAUCGUCUCCCUCACGUCCUCACUCCUCAUACCUUCAAUUGGAGGGCUUAUCUGGCCGCACACGCUGCUUCAAUGGGGACUUCUCCUGGGUAUCGGUAUCAGCGGCUUUGGGACGCAGUUCUUUCUCACGCUGGGAUUGCAGAUCGAGAAAGCUGGUCGCGCCACGAAUAUGGUUUAUACACAGAUGCUUUUUGCACUGGCGUGGGAGCGGAUUGUCUGGGGGACAACUCCGGGAUGGGGAAGUUUGGUGGGGAGCGCGUGUAUCUCCGGGAGCGUGCUUUGGGUAGGGGUGAAGAAGGCGGAGAAGGUUGAGGCGGCGAAGGAGAGGCUAGCGGAUGAGGAGGUGGGGUUGAUGAGCGAGAGCAUGCGGGGAAAAGAGGAAGAGGGAGAUGAAUGGAUGGAGUUGGAGGAUGGGGCGGGCUCUUGGGGGUUUGAUGGGGAUGAGGAUAGGGGAGAAGAGUGCGAAGAUGGAGAUGAGAGUGGAGAGAGCGGGAAUACGACUUGA